AGAGAGUGAGCAAUGAAAUAAAAACCCGAGCAGCGUGUCAGAGAGAAGAGUGUGACACCAACCCUGCUGUGCGUCAUUAUGUCUGACUGACAUGUUGAACUGUGUGAGGACCAUAGACUGUAUAGGUGAGGACACACUGAGGAAGUGAGUGUUCAUAGUGAGUUGUAGAAAGUCUGACGGAACUUGAAUGCAGCUUCGUAGUCACGUGACACGGAGGCUGUUCCAACAACAACAACAGCUGCGGAGAGAAGCUGUACUUUUUUCAUGGUUUUACGAUCUGCACACAUGUUGUCCUCUCCUGUCUUCUGUGUCCUCGUUGUGUCUCUGCUCUCUGCAUCUGAAGACUCACAAGAGAUGAAGGUGAAGGCUGAGCAGAACGUCACCCUCCAGUGUCACGCUCGCACUGAUGCCCCCAUCACUCUGCUGGAGUGGAGCAGACCUGCCCUGGAGACAGGUGAUUACGUCUUCCUCUACAGGAACGAGCGCUCAUAUGAAAGGUAUCAGCAUCCGUCUUAUCGUGGUCGAGUGGUGCUGAGAGAUCCAGACAUGAAGAACGGAGACGCUUCUGUGAUUCUGAGGAACGUCAACAUCAACGACACCGGAACAUACAAGUGUGAAAUUACAGUCAGCAACACAGGACACAGUCAGACACCAGACUCUGAGAUCCAGCUCCUCAAACUGAAGGUUACAGUUGACUCAGGUCACAUUGGUGGAAACAAGGAUGGAAAUCUUGGACUCUUUGUUGGUGUGCCAGUUUCUGUUGUUCUUGUUCUCAUUCUUGGUAUUGUUGGUUCUUUCAUUUUUAUUCAACGCCCAUGCAAAAAGAAUCAUUCAUACACAUCUGCUGAAAAAGCAGGUGAAUCAGGGACUUGAAGCAUCUCAGAUCUCUUUACUCCUGACGAUGUUUGUGUUCUGCUGCUGCUACAGAAAGAUAAAAAAAAAAAAAUUCUUAAAGGAUCAGUGCGCUCAAAUUAACAGUUACAGUAGAAUAACAAACAGCUGCAGAAAGUCGACAGAGAGCGUGCUCAGAUAAAAGAGUUACAGCCAGGUCGAGGACAGGUGUUGAGACAUAAUGAAUAUAGAAGAGCAUUCAGCAGCUAAAGAGACAGAUACUUUCCUCAGGAUUUGGUGGAUGGAGACCAAAACCAGAGCUAAAAGAGAGAUAGCGAUAUCCAUCAGGUGACACAGACACAAAGCCUCGUAAUCAUCCAAUCAUGAUGUUGCUCUGCAACUGCUUGGUGCGGAAUUAAGCAGCUGUUUGCUAAGACGUUCAACAUAUCAGCUUAAAAGAUGACGACAGGUUGAUGUUGUGUUCGCUGCUUGUUUUGGGUUUUUUUUGCUGAAAACAAAUGGACCAGAAGCAUCAGGUUGAGCAGGUUUAAUAUUAUUAACUGCAUCUUGCUUUAAAUCAGACUGACAGCUUAUCAAUAGCCAAACAGACAGAGUCAGCCACGCAGGAUAAAACUGCAUCAUCUGCAUAAAGACGCACUUUAAUUCACGCACUAGCACUUUUAUCUUAAGGUAGGUGGGACAGGAAUUUUCCAUUUUUAUUGUAUUAGCAUUUCACACGUUGUAAACUGCGCAACUUAUUAAGCACUUUAUUCUCUAAAAUUUAGAGCUGUAACUUUACGAAACAAUUUAUAAAAUAUAUUUUGCAAGACAUAUGCUAAUGACCAGAUUAUAUUAAUCAAUUUCUCAAUAAAUAAUAGUAUUAUGCAAAGGUAAUACUUCCUGUAAUAUAUAAGUAUAUAAUUAUUUAUUAUUAUUAUCAUUAUUAUUAUUGUUAUAUAAUUGUUACAGAAAAUUAAAUGACCAAAAUAGGAGGAACACAUUAUAUUUACAUACAGUAUAGAUACAUAUAUAUAUAUAUAUAUAUAUAUAUGAUUAAAAAAAACUCUUAUGUUCUUCUUAUGAUCUUUUCAAAGUAUUCCAACUUGUUAUUACAGUGUUAGUGAACAUGGUCACCAUUUCAUACUGUGUCAUUGAUUUUUUUUUUACAUUUAUUUUCUAUAUUUUUAGUGAUUACCUUUUGAUUUGACCCUUUUACUUUUACAGCCGUCUGACAUCACUCCAUCACUUAGUUUGUCGUCAGUCAGAAAAAGAACGUAGAGAAUGUCAGAGCGGAGCGGGGAGCAGAGAUGGAAAGAGUUCUGCCUGUGAGUGAAAUAAAGAAAACAGCUGUUUGGCAAAUUGUAUUUUUGAAAUGUAAAAGCUGUAAAAUAUAACGAAGAAAAGUUUGAUAUAUUUAAUACGACAUAAACGUAAAGCAGCAGGACAUGAGAUCUUGUCAAGAGUAAAGACAAUGACCACAUUGAGACAAUAUUCUGCAUUUGCUAGACAGCAUGUAAACAGCUUUUUCUGUUUGGAUAUUCUGAAUUAGGCUUCAAUCUGAAUGUAGCACUCCGUGAUUAACACGUGGGAUUUGCAGAUUUAAUUCACGUUUUAAUAGCAUUCUUUGGACAUUUGAAUGUGCAAACAUGACAACAACAACGUUUUCAAGAAGGUGGUCAAAGGAAUGAAAGAGAGAGGUUUUGUUUUCGUGGUCCAACAAGUUUAUAAUCUGGAGGACACUUUGACACAAGCAGCUCAUUCAGCUUUUCCAUAUUGUGACGUGAUAAACGCCUGCAUGUGACCUGGAGUAGAAGUGGAAGUCAUCAGCUGUGUUUAACAGCUGAGUCGGAAAAUUUUCUUUUUUGGAAUGACAGCAAGAAGCCACAUUAUUUACAUGUAAACUCUAAUAUCCGUUCUUUCAUAUCAUAAGCUGUUACUUUAUGUGCUUCAGCAUCUGAAAACUUCAGUGUGUUACAAUCAGUUAUGAAAGUUCAUUAAGGAUGAUCGACGAAUGAAACGAGCAUCAGAGCUUCUCAGUCUCACUGCAGAGGUGAAGCUAUUUUUUCAGUGCCUGUUUUUAUGUUGCACUUUACAAGCACCUGUAUAAGCUUUCUUUUUUUAUGAAUAAAUAUGUUUAUCAGUG